GGACCCUUGUUUUGGAGAGUAGCACAACAGCUGGACAAAACCCCUCCGCCAUGAUGCUGCGCUGCUUCCCGUAGCUGCACAGCCGACACGAACGAAUGAAUUAACGCCGAAGUAAGACACACAGCUAACUUCAGGAGUUGUUAUGCUAUUGAAGUGGUCUAGGGAUGCCCAAGGAGAAAUAUGACCCGCCUGAUUCCAGGCGGAUGUACACUAUCAUGUCCAGUGAGGAGGCAAACAGUGGGAAAAAAUCCAUCUGGGAUGGGCUAGAAAUAAUUGGUAAUGUUCGGAGUCUCAGCUCGGGCCUUUGGUCACUCACACACCUCACUGCUCUGCACCUCAGUGACAACUCCCUGUCACGCAUCCCACCUGAAAUUGCCAAGCUGCACAACCUUGAGUUCUUGGACCUGUCGUCCAAUAAGAUCAGGAGCCUGCCAGCAGAGCUUGGCAACAUGGUGUCUCUCAGGGAACUGCUUUUAAAUAACAACCAGUUGCGGGUUCUGCCGUUCGAAUUGGGGAAAUUGUUUCAGUUACAAACACUGGGGUUAAAAGGCAAUCCACUCAAUCAAGAAAUUAUGAGCCUCUACCAGGAGCCAGAUGGUACCCGGCGACUUCUGAACUACCUUUUGGACAAUCUUAACGGUGCUAUCAAACGCAUCCAAACAGAGCCACCUCCGUCCAGGUCCUGGAUUGUGCUGCAGGAGCCCGAAAGAACAAGACCAACAGCCCUGUUAACUGUAAUGUGCUACAACGUGCUGUGUGAUAAGUAUGCUACACGUCAGCUCUACGGCUACUGCCCAUCCUGGGCCCUUAACUGGAGCUACAGGAAAAAGUCCAUUAUGCAGGAGAUCCUCAGCUGCAAUGCAGAUAUUAUCAGCUUACAGGAAGUGGAAACGGAGCAGUAUUACAACUACUUCCUUGUGGAGCUAAGUAAACAGGGAUAUGAUGGAUUCUUCAGUCCAAAGUCCCGGGCCAGAACCAUGUCUGAAUCGGACAGGAAACAUGUAGAUGGAUGUGCAAUAUUCUACAAGACUGAAAAGUUCAGCAUGGUGCAGAAACACACAGUAGAGUUUAACCAGCUGGCUAUGGCCAAUUCAGAGGGCUCAGAGGCUAUGCUGAAUCGGGUCAUGACCAAGGACAACAUUGGGGUGGCUGUGUUGCUGGAGCUAAAGAAGGAAUUGUUGGAGUUGUCAUCAGGUAAAUCUGUCCAUGCUAUGGAGAAGCAGCUCCUACUAGUGGCUAAUGCUCACAUGCACUGGGAUCCAGAAUAUUCUGACGUGAAGCUGGUACAGACCAUGAUGUUCCUGUCAGAGGUGAAGAAUAUCAUAGACAAAGCCUCUCGCAGUCUGAAGCUCUCCUCUGUGUCUGGAGAAACCAACAGCAUCCCUUUGGUGCUUUGUGCUGAUCUCAAUUCACUUCCCGACUCAGGUGUAGUGGAGUACCUGAGCACAGGUGGGGUGGACUGCACACACAAAGACUUCAAGGAGCUGCGCUACAGUGACAGCCUGACCAACUUCAACUGCAAUGGCAAAAACGGCACAUCUAAUGGGAGGAUCACACAUGGAUUCAAGCUGAAGAGUGCCUACGAGAAUGUGCUUAUGCCUUACACCAAUUACACUUUCGACUUCAGAGGUGUCAUUGACUACGUCUUCUACUCCAGACCACAACUGAACGUGCUGGGCGUCCUCGGACCUUUGGACACAAACUGGCUCCUUGAGAACAAUAUCAUUGGUUGCCCACACCCUCACAUCCCCUCAGAUCACUUCUCCCUGUUUGCACAACUGGAGUUGGUCCUGCCUUAUCCUCCCCUUCUCAAUGGAGUCCACUUAGCUGGACACAGGUAGUGAGCCCUUCUGGCCACUCAUGGCAAUGCAGAGUCACAGAUCUUAUUAGUUUUCUGAAAAACGAUAAAACCUCUAAGCAAUUUUUAUUUAUAUAUAUUUUUUUCUUUUUCUUUUUUUCUUCUACUAUAUUUUUAGGGUCCAACAUAUUCCUUUUUGUCAGGGAUUUUUUUUUCUCUAUUUGUUAAGCUGUAGACCCCUUUUUUUUAUUAUUAUUAUUAUUAUUAUUAUUGGUUGACUCAUUCCCUCCCAUAGGCUAAAAUAUUGUCAUACUACUUUUAAUUGUUGGGCAUAGCUUGUGUGCAUGAAAUGUGUCCAAACUAUAAGAGGAGGGUAUCUCACUUGGUCACACAUUCAAAGGAAUAGCCGACUGUUUUAAUUAUUUUUAUGGACAGACCUUAACACUUAAAAAAAAAAAAACAGCCAUUGUUGCAAUUCUGAUCUUGUAAAUAAGCAUUAACCUAUUUCCUUUAUGAUUUCAGCCUCAAUUUAAACAUGUAUUUUGAAGUUCUUUUUCCCACUUGGACUUGCAGUUGAACUUCAUUUCAUACACACUUACACAGCUCACCUUUGGAUGAGUGACCAAUGUGUUUUACAGACCAAAUAAAACUAAAACCAGUCCCAAACCGGGAAGGAGAGUGGAACCCUGAGAGCUUUUCCACUUGAGCGGUGCUGGAACUCGCUUUACAUCGGUGCUUCAUCUCCUGAUGUUUUUAUUCUCCCAUCAAUGGUGCAAUAUUCUGAACGUUUUAGACGUUCUAAGCGAGGGCACUGUUACACAAUGAUUUAAAUGAGCUUAGACAACAUAAAAAGCACUUAAUUCUCUCUCUCCCCUUUAGGUGGGAUUCGAUGAGGUGUGAGCUUAUUUGUGCUAAAUGUAAACCAAAUUAUUUUAGAUGUCUCAAUUCAGCGGCACUGCUUUUUGCACACUGUUGUUUUAACCCGUUCUAUGGAGGCAGGCACUCUUUGUUUCUUUCUACAACAGGCUAUGUGAAUAAUUUAAACUGCGCUUAAUCUCACUGUGGUUAAAAACAGAAGGUUUUUAUUAGAAAGGGAGGUUUUAUAUAAGACUUAACCAGGGAGUCUUUUAACCAGCGAUUUCUCACUUAUUGGGAGGAAAAGGUUUUCGCAUACCUUUUCAUCCUCUCAUUACACACACACACACACACACACACACACAUCCUGGAAAGAUCUGUAGCACUGUUCCUAAGGCUAGUAAAGUUCUGACCUAGCCUCAACCACCUUCUAUAUUGUAUCAGAGGUCUUUGUACAAAAUUUAAUCAUAUAUAUAUAUAUUAUUGAAUCUGUCUGUUUAUAUAUAUAUAUAUAUAUAUAUAUAUAUAUAUAUAUAUAUAUAUAUAUAUAUAUAUAUAUAUAUAUAUAUAUAUAUAUAUAUAUAAAAACACAGAUUUUGGCUUGACCUGAUUGUAUAUGAGCCACAUGCAAGAAUACUUUUUUAAAAAUGUUUUGUUUUUCUUUUUGUAUGAAGAAUGAAUUAUGAUCCAAAUUCAGAAAAUUAAAAAGAUUGUAUUGUAAACUACAUUUUUAUCAAAAUUAAUCAAAACUUACCAGCUAGUAUAAAAGACAAAGAGGUUGUUCCUGGUUCUCACUGCCAUACUUUUGCACUCAUCGCUCAGUUUGCACUUUUUUUUUUUUUUACUAUAGUAAUUUAUUUUUUUUUGUAAAUCUUAGACUGCUUGCUUUUCUUAUCCAUCCAAUCAUUUAUCUAAAGCUCGCUGUCAUAUAUAUAUGGGAGGAGAAUUGCAAAGCUCCGUAACAUGCCAUCUGUCUGUGUGAAGUCAAGUCAAUAACACUCCUGCCAUUCCUAUAUAUCGUGCGACUAUGUAUCUGUUUUGCAAAGUCUUUGCUGAGCAACUCCCCAACCACUUGUCUUUGAAAAAAACGAAAAAAACAAACAAAUAAAAAAUGGUGGAAGUUCAGUAGUUUCUUUUUAAAUUGCAUUAUGCUACCAGUGUAUCUUUGUUUCUAAGAUCGAAGAGUCUUGAGAAAUCAGGUAUUGAGGAUGUUUUUAAUAUUUAGUUAUCUGCAUAUUUUUUUUCCUUUGUGUUCAUAAUUCUUUGCAACAACACCAAACAUUUUAAAGUUCAUAUUGUGUGUAAUAAUCCAGUAUACUUUAAUUUUCACAUUCAUAUUACAUGGCCAUAAUCUUUCCUGUGUAGUGCCAGUUUGAUGUGUUCUUCUGAAGCCAAUUGUGAGUUUGUUUUCAUCAAUUUUUGAAAAUAACAUUUUAGUUCUGAGCCUUUGGACCAAAUUAUCAUCUCUAAGACUUGUAAAUGAUGUCUGGCAGUGGUCUAUUUGUAGUUAGGUGUUUAGCGCUUAAUGUAUUUUGGUUCACUAAACUGAUGACAUCACGCGUUCAACAUGUCACAAAUCGGUUUCUUUCAACUAUGCAGCAGUAUCGCUUUUACGUCUUGCUAUGUUUUAACAGUAAGAACCAGAGCAGUCUUUUGUUAUUCGGGGCCUCUUUACAAUAUUCUUCAGCGUUUUGUUUUAUCUUAAGUGACCAUGAAUUGUUUAUGGUAUUAUAGUAGAAAUGAGAUUUUUUUUUUUUUUUUUUUUUUUUUUUUUGUAAAGUGUGAAUAAAAAGUGUAUUGCAUUUAUUUCCUUUCUACAAAAGUUAAUUGUGUUGUGUGUGUGUGUGUGUGUGUGUAUAUAAUGAAUUCUCCUGCAUUAUUGGUGUCUAUUUUUAUUUAAUGAUCUGUUUCACAGUUUUUAACAUUGAUUAUUGGUCCUAGAAUGUAUUUGCUACAUUGACUGAAAGAUGCAAAGCUGGUGCCCACAGAUUCAGAUCUGUAGAGCCUCCUGCUUGUAAGUAGACUAGUUUUUGUGGAGUUUAUUUUCAUGAUGGAGAGCUGUUUGACACCAGGCGUUUGCGGAGAUGCUGUCUGCUUAAGUUAAAUUGCAUGGUAAAAUAUGACUUCUGUCAUAUUUAUAUAUCUGUGCAUUUCAAUCGGAGAAAAGACUGAUGCUAAAAAGGCUAGAAAGUAAUAUUGGUAUUUGAGACAAAUUGUUUUCAUCCUUCCCAGACCUAAAAACUUGGAACGUAAUGGAACAAGUCUUUCUUUACUGUCCUUCCAUCUUUUUUUUUUCAUUACGUCUUGCUUGAUUUCUGCUUCACCCUUUAUAUUAUAACAAACUUUUCCAGCCUUGGUUUUUUUUAACACUGAAAACCUGCUGCAAUAAAAUUGUUAGAUUAACUGGACCUUUUUGAUUUUUACCUCAGAACACUUGUUUCGUAGAGACCAAUGACCUUUUGUAGUAGUUUCUCUGUGACUAACACUGUACAUACAGCCAUGAGCCAUCAUGUAGUACAUGGGAUCAACUCUUGUUUACCAUUCAAGAUUAAGCCAGCAGAGAUGCAUAUACAUCCAUAAUUUAAAAACUAAAGUUUUUGCGAUAUUCAAUGAAUGUUUAAUAAAAUCAAAAACAGGCAGCUCUUUAAAAAAAAGAAGAAAAAAAUCAAUCUCUGGAAAAGAAUGGUAAACAACUAUUUUCUGUCUGUACUCUGUAUUCUUAGUUCUAGAGAUCUGUACAUAGAGGUUCCUUUACACUAAUGUAUUUUCCUAUCUAUGGUUGAUAAUAAAUUCUUUCUGCUUCAUGA